AUGGCCAAUACACGGUCUCGAGCCCAACGCCAGGCGCCUCCAAGCAAGAAGCGCAAGCUCAACCCAUCUGCACCAGCUUCCACUCAUAACAUGCGCACACGCACUCGAGCGAAGAUCUUCCGCUUCACGGACUUGCCCGCAGAGAUCCGACACCUUGUCUAUGAGAAGGCGUAUGCCGCUGACGCGCCUACGCCGCUCGAAACCAUCCGCCUCCCACAGAGCAUCAAGGUUCCUGGCAUCUUCAGCGAAGCACUGUCCUUCUUCUUCGAGAACACGCCGAUCGUCGUCGAUGUCCGUAGCAACUGGUGUGUCCGUUAUCGACACCGCCACCAUGCUGGACACGAGCGAUGGUCGACCACCGGAAAGAUCACGCUGCCCAAGUUAGCGACUACAGGCACCAUCCCCGACGAGGUCAUGCGCUUCCGAGAGGUGGUCUUCGAGGUCACUUGCUGUUGCUGCGAUAUCAGCAAAGUCAUUGCAAGGGUGAAGGUGAAGGUAGGACACUUCGACGGUGGCGUGCAGACGGCGCAGUUGGUGGAGACAGAUCUGGUCCCUGGUCCGGCACAGAGCAACGAGAAGAUUCGCAACAGCCUUGAGAUGAUGUUUGACAACGUGAGAAAGACGUUGGAAGUGGUCAGUCGCCAGGAAGGCUUCAAUGGAAUGAAGCUCGCAGACCUCCAACGCUUGGCCCGCUUGUUCAGGGACACCUUCAAGGACGAGAACGAGCAUGAUGAAGAAGAUGACUAG